AUGCGCAAGCGCUUGUCUUCACACGACAAGCCCUGCGCUGGCGACUUCGUCAGUCAACUAGCCUCCAUUCGAUCCGGCACGAUGAACCCCCCAUUCGUCCGGCAGACUUCGUCCCCUCUGCUCGAGAGCGAAUUUGACAUCGCAUAUCGCAUCCCCUCGGCGGACUUUGAUCUCUCGACCAUCGCUAGGAUGUGCGCGGGAAACUGCGAUGCCUUAAUCACUCGUAGCCCGGACGACGGUGUUUAUCGUGUCAGCGUGUUUGUCACGGUCCCUCAGGCAGAGGAGCAGGACGUCUUCGCUAGACUCUGGAAGGCGGACCAUUUGACUCGGCUCUCGAAGAAGACCGUCCGCACCCAUCCCGUUUCGGACUGCGCCAAAGAGUCCGUUCCGGACUGCUCCAUAGCGUCCGUUCGCGACUGCUCCAAAGCGUCCGUUCGCGACUGCACCAACGGACAAGUUCCGUGUUGCACCAAUGAGCGCGUUUCGGACUGGUUGCUCCAGAUCAAAUCGUACAAAGAUAACUUCGCUAGCCGCUCUCGACCUGCUCAGCCUUCUCCCAAGCAAGAGGGUCCGCACUCUGGUAUCGCCGGUGACGAUCAGCAGCAUACUCGCAUUGACCCUGCCGCUACGGUACAGCAGAAGCAUCACGACAAUCAGGAUCAUCACCGCUACGAGCAGGAGGCGCAGCCGCAGCAGUAUCACUACGAGCAGGAUCAGUAUCGCUACGAGGCGCAUCAGACGUCGCAGCAGCCCGAGCCCUUCGGAGCUUCCGUUCUGCGGGAUCAAUCCAUCAAGAGAUCUGUAGAGCAGGCCAACGGCGAGGAUGUGCCUCCUGUCGAAGACGACGUCAAGGCCAAGCGUCGCAAGGCAGUGCUUAGCUUCAUGACAGGGACUGCUUUGGCGUAG